AUGGAAGCCGCCACCGAGCUCCCCCGGUUCCACUUCUUCCCCGAGUUUCCCAAGGACAUCCAGUUGAAGAUCUACGAGCGUACCGACGUCCCGUCGGUGUGUCGGUUCUACGCCGCGUGUGCCUCUGACCCAGCGUACAAGGUUACCUGUAAGGACGCGAAGUACUACUUCAACCGAAAGGUGGUCGAAGUCACCCCUGAGGUUGUGGUCACCGGCGACCACCGCCAGAUCGACUUCUACACCUACAGCAUGCUUCCGCCGUGUGACAUCCGAGUCACCACCCCUAUUGGUCUUUUGGCAAUGACAAAAUGGCACCUCACGCAAGUGAAAGCUCAGCUGGUGUCGUUGAUAAUCACGAACAUUUUCAGUCAACGUGUUCCUUGCAGUCUCCUUGGUCUUGGCGACAAUGUUGUUGUAUUAGCCAUUGAAGGGAUAAUUGAUGGUGCAAUCGAGAUUGAUCCUCGGGAAUUCCCAUUGUCCGUCGAGAAGCUUACCACUAGCCGUACAAUAUUCAAAGUUGCACCUGAUCUCAGACACUUGACAAACCUUGUGAGCUACGAUUCGGACUAUGAUAGCUACUACGACAGCAGCGAUCCAAAUAACGUACGAUUAUCGCGCAUUAGCGUGUUUCAGUUGCCUUCACUGCUUACCACACUUAAUGGUAAUCUCUGGACUAAUCUCAGUACACUGGAGUUACCUAAUUUCAAGCACUUUCGUGGUCACGAGUUGGCCGAUGCCUUUUGUAACCAAGUUGAAACCGCUAAUGUUUGGAGGUUUAACCCGCGGGGUCGCUUCAGCAAGUUGCGUGAAAUAACGGUCGGAAGAGGUUACCCCAGCUUCAAAGGUUGUGAAUGUCCUCAGCUAGAAAAGGUUAAGUUUUGUGGAUAUCAUGGCACAGACGGUCGUACACAGUGUGACGUAUCCGAUUUAUUUACCUCUGCACAACAAGCUCAAUUGGUGUCGCUCAAGGGUGCAGCCCUCGUCGUUAUUGACAUGGCUCCUUUCAAGAACUUGGAGGUGCUACAUAUGAAAUUGGAAAAGAUUCUCACGGCUGACUUUCCUUUGCCGCCAAAGUUGAAGGAGUUGAUGAUAUGGCUGGACUUUUCGGUCACGGGCAUCCCGGCAACGCUUGAGGUAUUCGUAUACAGCUAUGAUGCACAGUCAGCGUCUAAUGUCGUGGUGAAGUCGCCGAAUCUUAGAGAGUUGCGGGUCUAUUCCGUGAAAUGUUUGACCAUAGAUUGUCCGAACCUUACCUCGUUGAAUGUGUGGGAUGCUAACAACCUCGGUGCCCUUGAGGUGCCAAACUUGGAAAAGUUGGACGUGAAUAGGGUACCAUUCCCUUUAAUCGUACAUGGUGCGCCGUUCCCCUUGGAGAGGCUUACACGGCUCAACCAUCUUUUGUUGCGCGGUAACCAUAUACCCGGAUCGAAGCCACGGUUUGACCGCGCCCAACGCGUUGUCAUUGGACACCGUCUCAAGUCUGUCACUCUUGACAGUAUGGAAUUGCUGGAGGUGUCGAUCUCGUCGGAUGAGGUGACGAUCCAUAAUUGUUCAUUCGAGAACACACCACGUAUCAGGGCCACCAUUCUCACGUCACCUGGAAUGGACUUCAACACAAGCGAUGUUGUCUGUCGGGAGUUGGAGUGUUGGAGUAUGCCUAAGCGUGCAGUUCCUCAAAUGGUGGAAAAAUUGAUCGUCGACGAGUACAAACGAUAUAGGGUCUUACAUUCUCCUUUCUAUGGACGUUUAAGUGAUCCUUCUUCAUUCGUACUUGAUGGUUAUAACAGACUCAGAUCAGUUUUUGUCCACGGGUAUGCACCGAAAAAAGGUCUCAGUUACAAGCUCUCCUUCGCCGCUUCGAUGAAACACCUUCGCAUUGGGGUCGAGGCAUUAGGUAAUUCUGCGGAAAUACGGUUUGCGGAACACACGCAGCUUGAGCACCUUGAGUGUUGGGCUUUGGCGUCCAAGGAGCAGUUGGGGAUCACGGAAUACCCUCCUUCGUGUUACUUUCCUCAGGGGGUACGGACUGAGACCGGCACUGACUAUCCAGGGCUCCAGGAGUCAAAGUUGCGGCAACACCUGCGAAUGUAA